ACAACGUCGACGGUGCUAUUCCGUCAAUUUCCUGACGGAUUACGAGUGUCGACGGCGUUCUGUGGUUUCACAUUUCGAUUGUUAUUUCGUUACCGUUUACGCGUUCACUCCGAUGUCUGUGUAAACGUUAUACGUGGACGGAGAGGCGGACGACCAGGUCCGUUUUGUAAGACCGCGUCGCGUGCACUACACGUCCGUCUGGUGUGGUUCGCGAGGAGACGAAAAUAUAGCGACGACUGUGGGUUUUGUCCGAUGGGAUAAGCCCGUGACGAGCACGACGUAUCCAUCGGACUGUGCGUGAUCUCUCGUUGGUAUUUGUCAUGUGUGACAACGCUAUCGACCCCCAUAUCUACUUGAAAACAAUUUCAAACUAGUUAUUUCAGCUGUUCCACUUGAAAGUUGAUAUAGACAAAGUCGAUGAUGAUUAAUAUUGGAUGAAUUCAAAGCUUUUUUAAUUCCAGGUGUUCUAAUAUAUAGACUACUAUAGCUACUUUGAAUUGGUAUUUACCGUCACAACAAUGGAUCCUGGACGGCCACAGCAACCUGAUAAAAAACAGCUAUUGCAACAACAGCAACUUUUGUUGCAAAAACAAUUACAACAACAACAGCAACACCAGCAGUUAUUAAAACAACAGCAGCAACAACAGCUAAAUCUCCAACAGCAGCAAUUUAAACAACAACAGCAACAAUUAAAACCACAACAGCACCUCUUACAAACACAAACCAAUUCUCAACAACAACAGCAGUUAUUACAAACACAACCACAGUAUUUACAGCAGCAGUUAUCACCAAAUCAACAACAACUAUUGUUACGGAAUCAAGAUUUUCUGAAACAACGGGGUAUGCAGCAAGGUAAUUCUAACCAGCAACAGCUUCUCGAACAUCAGAAAAAUCAAGAUCAAACCAUUAUAGAUCUCAUACAACUUCAUGAUAACAAUGAAUACGAAGACAAAAAUCAAGAAGAUCGUCUUACUGUACAGCGUCAACAAGUUAUCCAACAAUCUAGUAUACAACGACAACAGCAGUUGCAGCAACUACAAACACAAUUAGCGCAACAGUCUCAACUUAAUCAUCAACCACAACAUCAACAGCAACCGCAAAUUUUACAACAAUCGCAGCAUCUACAAAAUGUCUCGCAACUACAAAAUUCGCAACAACAGACAGUACAACAACCUCAAGCUGUAAGACAAACGCAGGUUGUACAAAAAUCUAAUUCAUUGCAACAACCGCAGAUUAUACAGCAGCAGAAUAAUCAAUAUUCUCCAGUAUCUACACAACCGUCUAAAAAACAGCCCCCUCCUCAUACUCAACAGUUACUUCAACAACAGUUACAACAGUUACUAUUAAAGAAUAAAAAUUAUCCACAACGUAUUGUCGUUUUGGGCAAUCAACAGCAACAACAGCAGUUGUCACCACAGCAAUCACAGCGCAUAGUGACUAACAACGGCACCAACCAGCAAUCACAACAGAUGCAAUGUGUUGUGGUAACUAACACUGGCCAACCACCUCAACAAAUGCAACGUGUGGUUGUUACAGGAACAGGUCAACAACAACAGCAACAGCAAAUUCAACGUAUUGUGGUGGGAAGCAAUGGUCAACAACAGCCACAACCAGUGCAACGUGUUGUUCCCACCACUGUACAACAUCAACAGAUGCAGCGUGUUGUUGUUACGAGCACCGGUCAGCAAAUACAACAACAGCAAUUACAGCACGUUGUCAUUCCAAACACUAGUCAACAACAGUCACACCAGGUUCAAAAUAUGGUUAGCCAAACAUCUAUCCAACAACAGGUUCAACGUGUCGUUACUUCUACUUCAGGUCAACAACAACAGCAGCUUGCGCAACAAAAUCAACCAGUAUCACAACGCAUUGUCAUUGGUCAACUUAAAACAUCGCAGCAGACACAACAAAUGCAAUCGCCGUCACAAAAUGGAGUAGUUCUUAAUCAGCAGGUAAUGCAACGGCAGCAGCAGCAACGUGUCGUCAUUGCAGGUCAACAACAAAUUUUAAAAUUAACUAACCAGCAACAGUCUCAACAGCAAAUCACACUACAAAAACAGUUGACACAUAAAUUACUACCCACACAACAACAGCAACAACAAGAUGUAAUUAAAACCCAAAUCCAACAACUGGAAGUAGUUACGAACCAAAAUCAACAACAAGAUGUAGUAAAAAAACAACAUCAACAACAAAAAUUAGUAAAAACACAACAACAUCAACAAGAUGUAGUGAAAAAACAACAGCAACAAGAUUCAGUACAACAACAACAGCAACAUCAAGACAUAGUUAUAAAACAACUGCAACAAGUGCCAAAUCAACAAUUAUCAAAAAGUCCUGCUGCGCCUCUAACGCAGCAACAGAAAAAUAACUUAAACUUGUCUAAUGAAAAUUUGGCAAAAGAACUACAUAUAAAACAAUCCCAUCAACAAUUGCAACAAUUACACAUACAACCAUCCCAGAAACAUUCGCAGGAACAAAUAAACAGACAACUACAACAGCAAAAACUUAAACAGAAAAAAGAAAUAGAUCAUUUACAACAUCAAUUAAAACAACCUCAACGUAGUGGUGUAAUAGUAGGACAGCUGCAAACACCAGAAAAACCAGAACCGGAAAAGUUAAAAAAGCAACUUGAAAUACAGAAACAACAGCGACAAAAACUACAAGAACGUCUUUUACUGCAACAACGGCAGCAGCAACAAAAAAAACUCAAAGAACAACAACUGCAACAGAAACAACAACAACAGCUCCGUGAACAAGUUUUACUACAGCAACAUUUUAAACAACAGCAACAGCAACAAUUACAACAAAAAUUACUACUUAGACAACAGGCAUCUUCAGAAAACCGUUUAUCAUUAGUUGUGAACAGAAACCAAGAGAAGGAAAUACAAGACGAAGAAAAAGUUAUCGACUGUCAUGAAAAGUCACCAGAACCAGAAACUUUGAAGUGUAUAGAAAAAUCAACGGCUGCUGAAAAACAGCUUCAAAUUGGUAUAAAACGAAAGCAUAAUGAAAAUGUACCAAUUGGCGAAAAAGAGUUAUUAUUAUUGUCAUCGUCGGAUGAGGAUGACGACGACGACACCAUUCGUAAACAACGAAAUUUAUUACGUGAAGCUGAACGUCUAGUUCAGGAACGAUAUGAUGCAUUGACCGUUGUUUUAGGAUCCAAGUACCAGGCGCAGUAUGAUGACAUUUUAAGAAACUGGCUUGCAAAUAGGUUAUCUCGUGAAGAAUUUGACCAUGAGAUUCGCAAGGUGAUGUAUGUUUCGUGGGUGACUAUGAUAAAGAAGGUGGAUGUCGAUAACAAAAACAAAAAUUCAUCUGUUAAAACCAAUAAUACUUCGAUUUCAAAAAAAACAGGUAAAAAAGGUACGAUAACCACCACGACGAAGGUGAAAGAAGACAUUACCUCCUUAUCAAAUACAACGGGACAAAAAUCGCUAACGUUAAAAAAAGCAGCAGAAGGAAACAAAGAAAUAGAUAUUAAUAUUGAAAACAAGGAGGCUAAAGCUAUUUUAGCAGAACGAGUGCCGUUGCAUAAUGCAUUAGUCACCAGUUUAAUAAUGUGGUUACCACUUAAUUGUCAGUGGUUAGAGCAGCGUAAGGCGCGUGCCCAAGGUCUUUCUGAGAUCGGGUCCCCAUUACGAUUGUAUACUUAUGCAGAUGUGCCACAAGUGCGUGGCUCCAGUGACCACUGGUACCCCGAUCUACCGGGCAGCUUGGCCCGUUGGUAUUGGCCAAAUCAUUUGUCAUGCAAGUCUUCAUUAGUGGAAAACAAUGAACUAUCGUUUCAAGAACAGCAGAAAAAGGAAGCUGCAGAUGCCUUAAGUACAGCGGUUUUAUUGAAGCCACCAUCGAGCAUGUUGCUCCCAUUACUGAUGGAGGUAGCUGAAAACACAGAAAUAGUGCGAAGAGCAAGACAAAUACAGUACCAGAAGUGGUGUCCAAAGAAACAAAACUUAAAAGUUAUGAAAAGAUUACAAUGGCAACGGUUACAAGAACAAAAACGGUUAGCUACUAUGGUUCGAUUACGGGACGGAUGUUCAAAACUGUUACGUGAACUCAAAAUACGUCUUCGAUAUCUUACCAAACAAGAAAGCAGACUUAUAGAACGGUUGCGUCGGCUCCAGAUACGUAUGUCACAACGACGGCGUCAAGUGUUGGCACAGUUCAAAAUUAGAGAGCAGGACUUACAAUAUCGGAUACAGAAGUUUUUUGGUAAGGCACGUUUAGAACAACCACAUAAUGAUUCACAAGAGUAUCUAUAUUCAGAUGAUUCAACUAAUGAAGAUAACGAGGCAGAUGACGAUGAACAGAAUGAAGAGUCUCAACAUAAUAUUCUCAAACAGCAAUGGAAAGAAGAACAUCUAUUGGAAAAAAAUCGUGGAAAAAAUAAGCAGUUGAAAAUUAAGAUUGCUGACCAUCAAUCUAGAUCAAAUGUUCAAAUUAAACGCCCGCAACCAACGGCUUUAACAAUACGAUUAUUGCGUGACCGACAACGGUUCUUGGCAACCACUCGGUUGCUACAGGUAAUAAAGCAAGAGCGCUUACAAGUAAGUAGUAAUGCUGAUUAUGUCCGAGAGGUUAGAAAUAAAAACUGUCCAUGCGGAGAGGUAGAUGACAAACCAUGUCAAUAUCGGAGGCAGAUUCGUCAAUUACGAAAAAAGUUGAAAGUUCGCGAAGCUGUAGCCAAAAAAGAAAUAGAUAUAGAUCUAGUAAAAAAAGCAUCUGAAAAAGAAAAUCUAGAUUCCAAAGGAUUUAAAAAAACAAAUUCUAUAGAAAUCGAAAAGAAGAAGGCUGAGACUCAAAAGAAAAAAGUUGUGAUAAAAUCAACCAAGAAAAUAAAAUCAGCAGUGACCAAGAAACAUUUUAACGUAGAAGCAGAGCAAAAAAACAGUAUAACUGCCAAAGGCAUAACUAUAGAUAAUAAAUCUACAAAAACCAAUGCUAUUAAUAAUAGAAUUUCAAACAAAACGGCAUCCUUAGUUACAUUCAACACGAAAAAUGUAGAGACUAAAGAACAACAAAAGUUAGGUAAUCCAGACCAAUUAAAUAAAGGGAAACAUAAUAUAGAAAUUAAUUGUGAAACAUUUGAAACGCGAACUAAAUUUGAUAAUUUGGGGAAUACAAGCAAUUGGAUCAGACCUCCGCUUUCAAAAGAUAAAAGAAGUGUGGUGAAUGUAGCUGAUGCUGCUGCUCGUGCGGCUCAAGCAGCAUUAGCUGCAUCGAAAAAAACUCAGCUCCGAAAAACUAGAGCCGCAGCAGCUGCCGCUGCUGCUGCUGCCGCCACUACCACCAUUGCAGCUACUGCGACUUCUGGUGUAAAUGACAAUGAUCGGCGAGCAAGUGAACUUAUGCCGCCACCACCACCACCGCCACCACCAAAAAUUGCUUCUACCCCAAGAAAUCCUACAAUUGGGGCUAGAUACUUGCAGCAACAGAAGUUUUUGUUGGAUCGACACAGACAGCUGGAACGCAUUCGACGUGACGAAGAAGAACGACGGCAACGAGCCCAAGAUGAACAUCAGCAACAAAAGCAGGAAUGUUCUGAUAAGGAAGAGGAAGCGACAAUCAUAAAAAUAGAUGACGUCUUCUCAUCAUCUUCUCGACGAAUGGGAUCUAAGCGACAAAAAGUUCCAGUAGAGACCAUACGUCAGGAUAUCAGUCAAGAAACUACUAACGAAGAUCAGGAAGAAUUUGGCCACCCAAAUUCUAAAAAAUCUAAAAAUGAUGAAGAAAGAUUGAACGAUUAUUACUUUUAUUAUGGCGGUGAUGAUUAUUAUUCGUCAGACGAAGAAUCUUCUGGAUCGUCGUUUACGGAACCGCCAUUUCCUCCACUUUUGCAUGACCUUCGGAUAGACCAGUUACCACGGCCUACUAAUCGGAUGCCAGCUGCGGCCGUUCUUCCUCAUGGCGUUCGAACUAGGUUGCAGCCAAAUCCAUUAUCAAAUUCAAAAAAUCAAGACGUAGAAUCAUCUUCUUACCGUAAAUCUCAUUUGAUAAGCUACAGGAACGCAUUUUCACAGACUGAAUUUGGACGAAAUAUAAAUGAACCUAUUCAAAAAAAAUCUCUUGAUCAGACUAUGGAAUUUAUUAUGAGUUCAAAUCCUUUAAAUUCGCAGUCAAUGACUGAUAAAUACAAGAUUUCUGAAUCAGCUGAGUCUCCGUUUUAUAAAAAUCUACCCAUAACAAAUAAAAACAAAAUUAAUAAAGGAUCAACGUCUGCACUUGUAGAGCAGCGGGAACAGCAUCUGAUUCAACAAGGAAGAGUGAACUAUACUAAAAUAUCACCAGCACAACAAAAGCAUCGUCAGAAUAUAGACAAAUUAUCGGAAACUAAAAAAACAUUCGAACAAGUUCGACUAGAGCGAAAAGAAAAUCCAGAACCGAUAAUUAAGACGAACCAUUUGUCAGAUUUGUCAAAAAGAAAUUUAAAACAAGUGGCAAUAACCUCAAUGACAAAAACAAAUUCGUGUAUAAAAGAACAAAUAAAACACUAUUCUUGUCAACCACAGCAACGGAAAUCUAUAAACAAAAUAAAUCAAGCACCAAUCACAAGAGUGGAUGUUGAAGAAUUGCGAUCGGUGCAGUGGAAAGCGCCACUGACACAGUGGAAUAAACGACCUAUUGCAUACGAAGCGGCUAUAAAACAAAGGUAUUCAAUACAAAGCAAUGAAAAAGACUUGCAACAUUCAAUGAUUGAAAAAGUAGUUACAUGCUCAUCGGAUAAAUUUGAAGUUUCAAAUCAUCAUGAUCAUCAAGAAAAGUUGCGUUCUGAAAUUGAGCGACAGAAACGUGAGCGUAUCAAAAUGCAAGACAUGGUUUUUGAAUACCAAAAACUUGUAGACACUUUACCUCCGAAUGAACAAUUACAACAUAUGGUUCGAUUAAAACAGCACCUUCGGCCUUCGGGAAAUACAUUUGAAAAGACUGCUGUUAAGUGUAAUUCGUCAGUAGAUCAGCAGCAAUUGACCGUAGCAUCAGUUAACAAUUCUUGUGUAUUAUUAGACGAUUCACCUGCUUCCAUACAUUUAUCUGACGACGGUCAAGAAACAACGGUCUUGAAACGAAUAAGUAAUCUACUGUUAAAAAUCAAGCAUCAGCAAGAAGAAAUGUACCGAAAAGUUGAUAUUUAUGAUGAAAUUAAAACAUCUGGUCCAGAAGUUGUAUCUGAUAAACUAAAUGUUAACACAUCGGUACAAAAUGAUCUAAAAAAUAUGCGUGACUUGUGGCCCGCAUACGAAGACAAGCCAAAUCAUGAAGAAUUAAUGGAUGAUGAACAAAGGUUACGACAGACCCAAGAACUAAUCGAUCGUUACUAUUCCAGUGAUGGUGACAAAAAAUUAGUUCGUUCGUUGGAUCAACAAAAACGAAGGCUUGGAAAGUAUGGGCGAGAGAGACUUGAACGAGAGUUACCCGAGUAUCAGCAAUUCCGAAUAAAACAAAUAAUGCAAUCGGAAACUUCAGCAGGACCAAAUCUCACGGAACAAAAAAGACAAAAGCCACAGUUUACUCAAUCGAAUUCGCCAGAACGACAAAAUUGUGUAGAACAAUAUAAACGACUUGGACGAAUUGAACAAUUGGAACAACAAAAACACCUUUUGGUACAUAAACAACCACUGAACAAACAAAAAAUUCAAAACAAGCAGCAUCAAGACUCUGAUAAUAAGCGUACAUUUAUUCAAGGGCAGCAACCUCGGCACUGUUGGAAAGUUAGUAAAUUUCGAGUAUCAUCAACGCUAUGUUAUAACGAGCAACUCCCACUGCGUGAACAAUUGCUGCGUAGAAUCAUGAAAAAGAAAAACAUGCGAAUAGUUAAAAUACAUCAACCACAGCAAAAGUGUCCUAAAUCCACGAGAAUGCCUGAAACUGUGACUAGACCAAAGAUAAUAAUCCCCGAAGAUAUAUCUAAUAUAAAUACAACGAAAGAAAUGAAUAGAGGGUCACAUCAUUGGUGGAUAAACAUGGGUUUGGAAAGGAAAAUAUCACCGUUAGUCACAGGUAGUGAGAACGAAGACGAUCUAGAACUAACGCCAUUAGCGAUGAUGCCAAUCGGAAAUAUACCGCAAGUGACUAGACCACAAACAGCCACAAAGAUAGCAUCAGUUAUAUACAUACACCAGAAACGAAAUACGAUAUUUACUAAUAAAACGAAGCUAAAAAGAUGGUUGACACCACGUCUAUUAAAGAUGAUGACAAAUGGCGAAGAAAGGUGGUUGGAACAGUUGCAAAUGAAGAUAUCACAGCUUGAUGAUGAAGUAGAUCUACAUUGGAAGACUAUGAUGACUAAGCAGGAACAACAAGUGAAAUUGUUGCUGAAUUAUGACAAACAUCUGCAAUUUGAAAAAGAAAAGUUGCGUCUAGAACGUGAAAGACGGAUUCAGCAGCUAAAGAAACGAACACCCUUUCAAGCGUUGCCGGUACAUCAUCAGCAAGCACAUACGUCACGGGCGAUUGGAAAUAUGCGACAACAACAAUCAGAAAUACCAAUAAUUGUUAUCGAUGAUGAUGAUGAGCCAUCGAAUGAUGUGAUAUUUGAUGGUCCAAAACGGGACUCACGCCCACAUCCAGUGUUUAUUAAUGAUGACCUAUUAAAACACGAGUUAGAAACAAAAAUAUUUUAUGAAGAUCAACACAAAAGUAUUAGUAAUCGAUGGAAGCAGUUAGAAGUCGUACGUAAAGCACACCAACAGCAAUGGAAAGUUAAGUUAAAAACUUUAUUUUCGUAUAAGGCAACAAAUAGACAAUUUUGUCGAGAACUUAAUGAACGUUUAAUUAGAAAUAUAAAGAAUCCAAAUUUAAUUAUUGCGUUAGAACAGCUUAACGGGGGAGCGUUAAAACAUGCGGAACAACCACAAACGCGCCUGUCCGGAUCACGUUCAAUGCAAGUACAACCAAGAAUGUUACACCGGCAACAAGUUUCAUCUCAAAAGCAAACUAUAAAAAACCACUCGGAGAAAACACCAACACAACAUAAAACUUCAAAAAAAAUGAUUAAUCAAGAGCGGUCAACGCUUAAACAAGCUUUACAACGACGCCAUUUAAACAAACAAGGAGAACAAAAAUUUAAAAAGCAGCUACUACAAAAUCUGAACUAUCCUAAAAAAAACCAACCAAAAAAAUCCAAUAAAAAUCAAGAAUCAGUUAAUAUUCGACAACUACGUAAUAAACGAACCUUAGUCGUAGAUCAACCACCACAUAAACGAACAAAUCAAUCAAAUAAUCAAAAGCAUUAUAAACUCCAAAUACAAAAAGAAUCUCUAGUAAAACAAGAAAAAAAAAUACCACGGAGGCGAUUCCAAAAUAAUCAAAAGCUUACAAAUGUCAAAACACCCGCUGUAAGUUCAAGACACAUUUUCUUAUUACGAAACAGAAUACUCAAUGUGCAUUCGAAUCGUAAUAAGCGAUUACGGAAGCAAAAUCAGCGAUUGGUGCCUAAGAAAGAUGUUAGUCUUAACGUCACAGAGAACCAAGUACAGCGAUGUGAAAGACGAAAUAAAUCUACCAAGUUGAUUCUUAGGACAAUGACCUAUUCGCUACAUAAUCAAUGGUCUGCAUUGAAGCGUCAACUAGAUAGAUUUAACGAAAAUAAUUUGGAUACAAUCGAUAAACAAUUAGAACCAUCAGUUUCAAAAACAUUGACAAUGUGUAUUCAUCAAUCUAACACAGCUUCACUGAUAUUGCCACCACAACAACCAUCAACUAUAACACGUCACUCUAUGGCUCCUACCAUUACGUUAAGUCCACAACAACCAUUAAGUUCUUUAGAACAAUGUUCAGCGACUUCAGUAAAAUUAUUACCACAACUACCGAUGAUGUCAUUGAGUCAAUUAGCUCCGACAACAUCAGCAAAAUUCCAACUAUAUCAACAAAAGCAACUGAUAGAUGAGAAACGAAAGGUUAUGACGCAACGGCUCUACCAAGUACGCAGUAAACUAAAACCUUUGAUGGAAAUGUGGCAGCUUUCACUUCAAAUGCCUAGACGCUGGUUAUGGCAACAAUUAGAUGAUAUUGAACAGUUACGGCGAAAAGAGUUUUCAGUUAAAUCCAUUCUAGACUUGAAAUGUUCGACUGAUCAAGAACAAAAACAACAAAUACUUCAAAAUAAUGAAGAUUCAGUAGUGAUGGCUUCAACCACUAUGACCCAAUAUUCAUUGCAACAGCUGCAACGAAUUCGUGAUCAUCUAAAUUGGCGACAACAACGAUUGCGUGAUCUAAUUGAAGACUUACUUAUAUUAAUUUGCCCAGAAGAACAUCCCAUGUUGUCUGAGAUAACCCAGAAACCUUCAGCGUCUUCUGUCUUGAUCAAAUUACAACAAAAUCCGUCGAUGACUGAACAGAUAAAUUCAACUUAUUCAGCGUCAUUAAAUUUGCAAUGCCCUUCGUCGUUAAGACGAAUGCAACAACAAUUUUCUACCUAUCCAUUGCUACUUAAACUAAAACAACCGCUGACGGAAGAUCAGUCGUCAUUAAUGUAUUCAACAUUAUUAAAACUUUCGAUAACAAAUUUUGCUUUCUUUUCAAAAAACAAAGCGACUAGUACUAAUGACUAUAUGCAGUAUCCUAAUAACCAAAUACAGGAAAAAAGACGACUAAGUAUUGAAAAUGAAACUGACAAUUGUUAUAAAAGGCUUAAAUCAUUUACUAAAGAAAAGCCAAAGUCACCAAUUAACGUAAUUAAUUAUAAAUCAACUACCCCUUAUUCGCCUUCUAAAAACAAGGUGAUUGACCAAAAUAUUCCCACCAUUGAAAUUUUGGAUUCUGAUGAAGACGUGGAAAUAUUAGAUUCUGAUUCUAGUACCGAGUCAUCGAACGAAGCUAGCUUUGGUGUGCAAGUUUCAGAAAAAUCACCAUUAACCAUUAAAAUAAUAAAAAAAAAACCACUUUCGUCUUUACAUCCGGCGAUUAAAGAUUUUAAGGAUAAACCAAAAAUAGGUGACAUGAAUUCUGUUAUAAAAUUUAAAGAAAACAAAAUCAAUGUUGAUUUAGAUAAAGAUAUGGAGAAAACAAAGAAUGAAUAUUUGAAAUCAGAGAAAUCAAUACAAAUAGAAGUCAAAGAAAAAGAUUUCAAAAAGUUAAUAACAACUAAUGACAAUGAUAAUAAAAAACUUAUUAGUGAACGCGAAGAAAACGAUAAAAAUUUAAUGGAAGAAAAAAUAAUACAACAGUCCAUUGUCAGCAGACCAACACGAAUAGCUGUUCUUGUCAACAGACCAAACGAGACAGUGGCAGCCAUUAACGAACGAACUGUUCCUGUUAGCAGCAAUCAAAUAUUGAAGGUAGCUGUAGUUGAAUCAACAUCAUCAAUCAUUUCAAACAUUGGUAGCAGAAGUAUAAAAGUAGUGCCUGAAGGAAGAAAAAUAAUAAAAAUGGAAAGUGAUAUUCAGAACCCAAUAUAUGUAAAUAGUGUAGAUAGAACAAUGUCAGUCAUUAAUAAAUUAACGGAAGCAGCAGUGGGUGUCAUUAGAAAAACCCCCAUAAUAGACCAGACCCAUCAAUCUACAAUUGCAAGCUGUACACCAUCGCCAAUUAUAACGCCUUUUAGAAAAUCAGAUACUAUUACAAUGACAAAGUCAAUGGAAAAACCCCAGAGUAAUAGCAAUAGUACCAAAAAUAUGGAAAAAAGUAAAGUUGUUACGACAAACCACCGUCAUCGAAUUGGCAUGCUUACACGUUCAAAGACUGUACGACGACAUCGGCGCUUAAAUCGUACUAUAUCGUUGGAAACUCGUGGACCUGCGGUUCCUACGUUCCGUGACCAUGGAUUUGCUCAAGGUACUAUUGAACGAGUAGUACAUGGGCGGUUUGUGACCACCAUAAUGACUAUGUCGGCUGCACACACUAUUGCGUCAUAUUUACCUCCACGACUUCCACGUAUACCAUUUAACUAUGCUUCAAUUAAUCAAUAUAACGUCAAUGAGGUUCUUGCGGCAAUAGAUAAUAACGACAAUGUACACAACACAAGUGAUAAUCAAAAUAUAAAGUUAGUCAACUCACCGAUAACACUAUCCACGUUCAUGGGUAAGUUAGAGAAAGCUGUGGAGACCUCUUCAAACUUUGCAUGUGGUAACAGACAUCUUUGGAAUGGUUGCGCGCGGACAACUGGUUCUGCUUUGAUGACUUUAACCAAGGUUGUCAAAGAAGCCAAAUCACAAAAUAAUGCACUCCGAUCACGUGCUACUUCUUCGUCUCAUAUGACCACGGAAGUGAAAACACCGACUAUCAUACCAGCGAGACCGUCGAGAUCGAUAAAAAAGAAGCCCAUACCUGUCGUUACAAAAUUGACAAAAAGGUCCAUAUCAGGCACGGUACCCAUUUUGCCGACUUUCGCGUCAACGUCGUCAUCAUUGGAAACUAUAGCCACAUGUAUCGACUCUACUCCACCAACCAAAAAUGUGGCAGAGUUGUCAUCAUUUUCUCAAUCAGUUGGGUUUCACAACAGAUCUAAGUCAGCUAUAGUGUUAGCUAAUGUUAAUGAGCAACAAAAAUCACAGCCAACCAAAAGAUCAGCGUCAGUGGCGUUUUCAUCUGAACCACUUCUUUCAUCACAAAGAACGUCAGACGUAGUUCCAAUACUGAAAAAUAAAUCAUUAACCUUGGCACAACCGAACAAGAAAUCUAAAUCAGAAGUUAUCAAUCAAUCACCAACUUUAACAAAGCCUGGUCGGUAUGAAGAAAAUCUUAGGCCCAUCAAACGAUCCGCAUCCAUAACUGGUAGUAUGUCAGACUUGUCACCUACAGCAAUCAAACCUCCCAAGAGAUCCAAGUCGGCCGUAGCAAUUACACCUGUGACAGAGGCAGCUUCUGCAUCUAGCAAUAAUUUCAAACCACCAAUACCGAUUAAAAGGUCUGCGUCAAUAGCACUGUCACCACCUACAGUCAGACCAACUAACAGAUCCAAUUUGGCAGUUGUGACAUCUCCAUCAUCCAACGCUACUGUACCAGAAUCAAGAGUAUCAAGAACAUUAAACAUUUCAAAAACGAUGUCUCCUUCAACAGUAUUGGCAUUAACACCGAAUUAUACAAAAAAUAAUAUACUCGACAACUCAGAUAUUGUAACCACCAACGAAAGUAAUACCACCCAUGAAAAAAUAACAACGAUCACAGAAGAAGAUCAGUGUACUGUGACUGUAACGCGAACUCUAUGUCCUACCAUUCCAGCACCAAUGGAUGUGACAGCCGAUGCGUGUAGUCUUGUAACAGCUGCGUGUGAACAAUUUAUCAAAGCCAUGGUGAUGGAACGGCAUUUGAAAGCAGGCCGAGGUGCCGGCACGCUUCAACUGCACCGUCGAGACGCUUACGCCGCGGCUAUAGCGGUUGACGACGAUAUUCGACCAUUUCCAGAUUAUUGUCGAACGCCAUCCAUCAGAACGACACUCGUUAAUCCUGUGAAAUCGGUGCACAGUCAAGGAGAAAACAAUGUACAAAAGGGGUCAGUAUUUGAGGAGAAAUCUAUCGUUACUGAUAGUAGAUGUAAUGCAAAAUCAAUUGUUAUGACGACAGACAAACCGGAUAACAACAACGAAAGGCGGGCGGUAUCUAAACAACAAUCAAUUAUCGUCGAUAGUAAAUCAAAUAACAAAUUGUCCGUACUGACCGUCAAAACAGUCAUCGAAACUCAGACCACUUCUUCUACGACGACUACGAUCAAUAAACUGCAAUGUCCUACGUCCAUAAAUUCCGUUUAUGCGGCAAAACCGAGAUCAUUGAUCGAAGGUACUUCGGCUAGAACUAGAGGAGUGGUGAUAUUGAAAAAGAGUUCUUCGUUAACUCCAGAAAGAACAAUUCCAUCAACCACCGAACAACUGAUAACCAGCAGUCAGUUAUCAUCGGAUCCAAUAGUCACCGAAAAUCAUGCAAAAAGUUCUUUGCCAGUUAUCGUACCUGAAACGACAGCAAAACCUCCGCCAGCCGUCACGGAAGUCAUCACCAAGACCUUACCUAUAUCAACACCCGAGCUGCUGCCCGAAGCCACAUUGACUUUCAAAACUUCCACGUCGACUCGUGGGUUUUUCGUGGAACGCGGUAGACCUUUGUUACGGCCCGCUUUCAACCGGCGUCAGCCGUUCGGCACGUUGGUGGCUACUUGUACCAUGGCGGCCGCGGAAUCAACUGCUGUCAACAACAUGUACUUUUCAAGUGACCGAGACCAAAGUGUUGACACUAAUGCCUAUUGGCCAAAUAAUAAUCCUUCUGCCGAUACCUGGGGAUGUUAUUUUGGAAAUCAACAAAUGUUACCGCCCGCCAGCAGGUUGAAUAAUUUCUUGAAUAUCGGCUAUAAAUCAGUGGUGCCGCAGUCCGAAAACCAAGAUAGAGGAGGCAGUAAUGUCGACGUCGACACCGCCCACAUAGAACCUUCCAGUGCGCUAACAAAAUCGCCGCACGGCAUUAAGGAGACAAAUGACAAUUGCGCUCAUGAGAAGAUGUCGUUGGCAAAUAAUCGACAACAACUGAUGUUUAUAGAGAUUGCCCGUCAGCAACAGUACAUGAAGCAAUUGGAGCACGAGAUGAAACGGCGUGUCCAUGAAUACCAAAACCGAGAACCCGAUCCACAGGAAGUUUAUUACCAAAAGUUUAUGAAACUGCAAUUCGGCUCAAAAAAUACACCUCCGGAGCUGUCAUUAUUACGGCUCUCUCCAAACAGCCACAGUCGCCACAGCUUGAUGAGUUGGUAAAAUUGGAUUGCUCGAGAAGCGCUUUGAAUUAAUUUUUUUCUUCGAUAUACUAACAGUAGGAAUCCGUAAAAAAUUGUCUGAAUUCUACUAUACGCUAUUCUACAGUACCUUUUUUCAUUCCAUUAUGUAUCGUUUUUUACGCAGGUGCUAUAACUGAAUAUAUUUUCUUUAAAAAAAAAUUGUGUAAAAUAGUGUUUCGGUAUUUUAUUUUUCCUUGUACACCGGCAUUAUUAUGACUCUUUAAUAAUUAAAAAUAAAAUUAUUUUU